CACCCCGCCUCGGUUCAGCAAGUGGGCCAGCUUGUUGGGGCUCGCUUGGCAAGGGGACGCGGGGACUAGGGGCGCGGACGCAGGUACGGGAGGAUGCGGCUGCGGGGACCUGGGGGCGCAGGGCUAGGGCAGCAGGCCCGGCCCGCACGGCUUUCCCGGAAAGCGCUGCCCAGCGCCGCGGCGAUGCCCUCACUGUGGAGAGAAAUCCUCUUGGAGUCGCUGCUGGGAUAUAUUUCUUGGUCUCUCUACCAUGACCUGGGACCGAUGAUCUAUUACUUUCCUUUGCAAACACUAGAACUCACUGGGCUUGAAAGUUUUAGUAUAGCGUUCCUUUCUCCAAUAUUUCUAACAAUUGCUCCUUUCUGGAAAUUGGUUAACAAGAAGUGGAUGCUAACCCUGCUGAGGAUAAUCACUGUCGGCAGCAUAGCCUCCUUCCAGGCUCCAAAUGCCAAACUUCGACUGAUGGUUCUUGCACUUGGGGUAUCUUCCUCGCUGAUAGUGCAAGCUGUGACUUGGUGGUCAGGAAGUCAUUUGCAAAGAUACCUCAGAAUUUGGGGAUUCAUUUUAGGACAGAUUGUUCUUGUUGUUCUACGCAUAUGGUACACUUCACUAAACCCAAUCUGGAGUUAUCAGAUGUCCAACAAAGUGAUACUGACAUUAACUGCCAUAGCCACACUCGAUCGUAUUGGCACAGAUGGUGACUGCAGUAAACGUGAAGAAAAGAAGACUGGUGAGGCAGCCACGGGGAUGGCCUCUAGACCCAACUGGCUCCUGGCAGGGGCUGCCUUUGGUAGCCUUGUGUUCCUCACCCACUGGGUUUUUGGAGAAGUCUCUCUUGUUUCCAGAUGGGCAGUGAGUGGGCAUCCGCAUCCAGGGCCAGAUCCUAACCCAUUUGGAGGUGCAGUACUGCUGUGCUUGGCAAGUGGAUUAAUGCUUCCAGCUUGUUCGUGGUUUCGUGGUGCUGGUUUGAUCUGGUGGGUUACAGGAACAGCUUCAGCUGCGGGGCUCCUUUACCUGCACACGUGGGCAGCUGCUAUGUCCGGCUGUGUCUUCGCUGUCUUUACUGCGUCCAUGUGGCCUCAAGCACUUGGACACCUUAUUAACUCAGGGACAAACCCUGGGAAAACCAUGACCAUUGCCAUGAUAUUUUAUCUUCUAGAAAUAUUUUUCUGUGCCUGGUGCACAGCUUUUAAGUUUGUCCCAGGAGGUGUCUAUGCUAGAGAAAGAUCAGAUGUGCUUUUGGGUGUGUGUACUCUUCCCCUGCUUUGUUUUCUUGUCCGAUGCCCUGCUUUUUUUCUUUUACAAGCUUGCUUAGGGAUCUGCCAUGAGAAUAAAACAAAUGAAAGGACAAUCUUGUUAAUUAUUGGGCUGAAUAUGCUAUUUGGUCCUAAGAAAAACCUUGACUUGCUUCUUCAAACAAAAAACAGUUCUAAAGUGCUUUUCAGAAAGAGUGAAAAAUACAUGAAACUUUUUCUGUGGCUGCUUGUUGGUGUGGGAUUGUUGGGGUUAGGACUACGGCAUAAAGCCUAUGAGAGAAAGUUGGGCAAAGUGGCACCAGCCAAAGAGGUCUCUGCUGCUAUCUGGCCUUUCAGGUUUGGAUAUGACAAUGAAGGGUGGUCUAGUCUAGAAAGAUCAGCUCACCUUCUCAAUGAAACAGGUGCAGAUUUCAUAACAAUUUUGGAGAGUGAUGCUUCUAAGCCCUAUAUGGGGAACAAUGACUUAACCAUGUGGCUAGGGGAGAAGUUGGGUUUCUAUACAGACUUUGGUCCAAGCACAAGGUAUCACACUUGGGGGAUUAUGGCUUUGUCAAGAUACCCAAUUGUGAAAUCGGAGCAUCACCUUCUUCCGUCACCAGAGGGCGAGAUCGCACCAGCCAUCACAUUGACCGUUAACAUUUCGGGCAAGCCGGUAAUUAACUGAGCCACUAAUCGCCAUUUAAAGAAAUCUAUAACAUGCAUCAUAAACAAAGAGGAGAGAACACAGAAUCCAUAGUCUGACACUAUGUGACAAAGAACCAAAACUGUGUUCUAGGUUUCGUUCCAUUGCAGGUAAACCUUGGUAAGUUCCAGUUCUCGUGUCUCUGAAAAUGGGAUAAAAUUCCCUUUCCCAGCUUACUUUAUAGGGUUAUUGGACUGACAAAAUAUUAACAGAUAAGAAAACAUAAAGCAUAUGUGAGCUCUGUCUCUUUCUUUCUGUCUUGCCCUCUUUCCUUAUACACAUAUAUAUACUUUUAACUUUUAUUACUCUCACUAGGUAAGAUUUAUCUCCUGAGAAAAUGUAAAACCAAAUUCACAGAUUACUUCCAGUUAGAUGUUACUAAAAUAUGUUGGAUUGAAAACACUUCCUGUGGUUCAGUGGCUUUGGAAUUUUCUAGACCUGAAUUUGAAUCCUAGUUGUAGGUAUCAGAUGGAACAGAAUUCCCUGCAGACCUAAUGAAAGAACUACUUAACAAGAUGCUGGAGGGACCCAUGGAACAAAUAAGAGAGGCCGAGGCAUUCAGACACCCAUAACAGUGCCUGCCUUAGGGCUGAAGGAACAGGCAGAGAAAACAGUGUUCCCAGAGCCCAGUGAGACCCAGAACCAGGACAAGGGACCACCUAGCAUAGAAUGCAGCUACUGCCAGAGAGACUGGGGAAGGAAUCCCAGAAUGUUGCUUUUCUCCCACAUUUUAAUCUCCUGUGGUGCCUCCAAUUGGCCAAACCUAACUUGAAACCAGGAGAGAAGGAAGUCCAGGAGGUGAAAUCUGCAGGGGUCAGCCUCCCAGGGCAUAGAGAAAGACAGAGGAUGAAUGUGGUCAGGGGAGAUGAAGAAUAACCAUAGGCAUAUUAGCCUCAUUUGAAAAUAGAGCUACCACCUGCCUUCUGUUGUGAGAAUUCAGUAGCAAAGGGGUUUAACAAAUGGCCAUUCUUUUCACUCUUUUAUUUCUUGAGACAUCUUUUAAUAGCCCUCAGCUGUCUACACAAAUUUAUCCAACUCAGUCCUGUCUUGAGAUCCUAACUCAACAAGGUUUCUCCAGUCUUCUCAGUGCUUGGUGAUCUUCUAUUUUCUUUGUCAUUUUCUCCCUUAACACUCAUGUAUUAGCUACCUUUCUAUGUAAAUACCCUGUUUGUCUACUUCCUAUCUGUUCUGGGCUCCAUUCCUUGCUCUUACUCUCAGCUAUGCAUUGCAGAGAACUGCAUUUCUCACAGUCCCUUGCCUUCUGGCUUCUGGGUAGGUUUAGCCAAUGGGAGGCACUAGUGCAAGGUUGGAGGGAGUAGAGAAGAGAGUGUAUUUCUCUCCUUCUCUCUCUGCUUCCUCUGGUGUCUAUGGGAGGAGUUGAGUCUCUUCUGUGGCUCCAGUUCUUCUCUGAAUGGUCCCAGUUUCUCUGGGAAGCCUCCUCCAUUGAUACAUCUCCCACUAGUCAGUGCUGGCUUCUGGACUCUGAUAAUAUCACCUCCUCUUGUUUUCCCUGUAGCUGUAGAGGUUGUACUGGUUUCUUAUUGUUGUUAAUCUCUGAUUGCAUAAUUGACUCCUAUCUGGCUUCCCAUCACCUGGCUAACCAAUUCCCUAUAUUAAAUUCACUUUGUUUGAAACAUCUAGGGUGUUUCUGUUUUCCUGGCUGGAUCAUGUAAAAUAUGAUGUCCUAUUUUCCCCCAAACAGACUGACUCUAAACUCCCCAGGAGCUAGAUGUACCCACCUAAGUAUCUCAGUUAUAGGUUUACAGUGCUUAGCAUAAUAAAAGCACCAUGUUCGGCCGGUGUUUGAGCAGGAGAGUUAAGAAGGCUUUCAGAAAGUGUUCAGUUGGGCUGGGCAGUGGGUCAUGCCUGUAAUCCCAGUAUUUUGGGAAACAAGGU